CCACAAUGAGCGACGAUGAAGUCGAUCUAGAACUGCUGAACCUCCUCCGCCAGAGAUUGGGCAUUUCCGCCCCUCAGGACGGAGUUCCACGCGAUACGGGCAUCCUGAAAAAUGCCGAAUUCAUCUACAGCAACGCUAUCGACGUGCACGUUGAUAUGUACGGAACUAAAAGUGCUGCUAUGCAAAUCUACAAAGCCAUGCAAGACCGAGCGUACUCCACCCAAACCUGGACAACACACGAACUGCAUCCCAAGCCCAGUGAAGGAUUCUCCGAACUAGACAUGGUCAACUUCAUCUUCGCCAUGGAUUUGCUGAACUUCUCUUUCUGGUCGGAGUUGUCACCCCAGGAUCGAUUUCAAGUGGAGUAUCGAGGGCAGCGGUGGACGGGGUACAACAGUCUGGUGGCUUGCUUGAGAAGGGCAUUGGACGAAGAUAUCCCUUUUACCACGCCGCGAUUCUGGACUGCUCCCAGAUGUACGGGGGAUGUCUUUGCCCAUGUUUUUCGAAGUGCGACGGCGGAGCCUAUUCCGCUUCUCCAGGAACGAAUCGACGUGUUGAGGGAGGCGAGCACAGUUCUGCGCGAGAGCUUUGCGGAUGAGGAUGAUGAUGACGAUGAUGACGAUGAUGUUAACGGCGAAGACGACUUUCUCGAAGCAAGCAAGGAUACAAUCGUGGUGACGGGCAGCUCAGCGACUGCUGGUCCUGCUCCUCCUACCGAGUGUAGUGAUCAAAGCCUCGACACUGAUUUGGACAACCCACGGGAUCCUAAUGAUGAUCGGCGCGCAGAGCAAGAUAGCUCGUUGAACCCGACAGUGAAUGGCCACAGUGGAAUGGAGCGCUCUUCUCACCCAUCAUCACAACCCACAGAGGCACCGGCCUUGAAUAACCUUCCAGAGAUCGACUCGGCCCCCCUUGGAGCGAUAGAUCACAUGGACAAUGACGCCCUGUCCACAGUGCUGGUUGAUACCUCUACAAGCGCACCCCCCGUAACAGAUGUAUCGGUAGAGAACAAGGAAGCGGAUGCCGUUAGUAGCGAGAGCUCUACACUUGCACUAAAUCUGUCACCAGCCGAUCUACGACCAGAUCAUGCAGUUCUUCAUCUCAUCCAAGAAGCGGAUCAAUCCGCUGGCAAGCUUGUCAACUUACUAGCAAAACACUUCAACUGUUUUCGCGACGAAACCAGAUUCGACGGGCGCAAAGUGCGAAUCCUCAAGCGCGCGCAGAUCUUCGUCGCCGACUUAUGGGCAGCGCUUAACGAUACCGGACCAGGCCACUUUGAAGAUAUUGAUCACUUGACCAUGUUUGCAGAUUACCGCGUACCGCAGUCACUGCAUUCACUAGGAGUACUGACAUUCAGUCCACCUCUCGACUAUCAUAUCCGAGACCUGAAACGACUCGAACCAGGACAUUCAUGGGAGGUACAGUUGCGUGGCUGCAGCAUCUGGGCCGUGGAACUCAUCCGUCGCGAGAUAUUGCGAGCUCAUCCAGACGCUACUACAUCUAUCAAUGCUGUUCUGAUUGAUUUCUUUCUGUACGAUCUCGCAAAGGAAAGAGAAGCGCAAGGGCAACCCGCGAUUCCCCAUCAUCGAACGAGGAGCAUAUGGUACUAGCUCCCGAAUACGAUCGGGGCGUGUAUGAUGAUCAAAAGCUUAGCGUAGAUCGUGCAAGGGGACAGACUGCACGUCUACUAUACUUGGAGCUACGACAUCAUCCGUCGGAUUGAACGACACCAACCACACCCUCCUUUGCCUUCUCUAGGUCAUCACUGAAUACCAAUGUCUAGUAUACUGCACGGCAGCAUUCUGCCCAGCCCGAAUCAGGACUUCAACAA